AUGUAUUCUAACAGAAAAAUGAUAUUACUUUCGAGUUCUACCGUUUACGGUAGUGAUUUUCUCGAAUACGUCGUGACAGAAUUAGAUCAAUUUUUUAAAAAAUAUAAAGUACAGAAAGUAUUAUUUAUACCUUAUGCUCAAAAAGACUAUGAUGGUUACACGAGUAAAGUUAGGUCUGCUUUUCGAAAGUUCAAUUUAAAUUAUCAAGUUAUUGGAAUACACGAAAAAACAGAUCCAAUUCUCGCUCUUAAUGAUGUCGAUUGUAUUUUCAUUGGUGGCGGAAAUACAUUUUUAUUAUUAAAAACUCUCUGUGAUUUUAAAUUAGUUAAUGCAAUUAGAAAUAAAGUCCUUCAGGAUGGAAUAAUUUAUUUAGGAAGCAGUGCUGGCACUAAUGUUGCAACUCCUUCUAUCAACACUACAAAUGAUAUGCCUAUCAUUUAUCCACCAACAUUUGAUGCUUUAAAUUUGAUUAGUUUUAAUAUUAAUCCUCAUUACUUAGAUCCUGAUCCGAAUUCCACUCACAAAGGUGAAACCAGAAUUGAAAGGAUUCAACAGUUUCAUGAAAUUCCUGGAUCGAGACCAGUUGUGGGUCUAAGAGAAGGUUCUUAUUUAAUUAUUGAAGGGAAUUCAAUAGUUUUAAAAGGGAAAAAAGCAGUUUUAUUUAUGCAGAAUCAAAAACCUAAAGAAUUAGAAAUUGGUAUUGAUUUUUCUAAAAUUGAUCCAGUAUUAAGUAACAAUUGA